UAUAAAUACGACCAUUUAUUCUCACAUAGGGCACCUUCGAGUUACAGUCGAUCUUUGUGAAUAUUUUCAUCUUCAAGCUCUUCGCGCUCUCGUAACUUCUUUUUCAUCUGCUUAAUCCCAGGGUUCUUUUCCAUUCUAAUGGCGGACGUGCAGAUGGCUGAUGCUGAGACCUUCGCCUUCCAGGCGGAAAUCAAUCAGCUUCUCAGUUUGAUCAUCAAUACUUUCUACAGCAACAAGGAGAUUUUCCUUCGAGAACUUAUCAGCAAUUCCUCCGACGCAUUGGACAAGAUUCGAUACGAGAGCCUGACUGAUAAGAGCAAACUUGAUGCUCAACCGGAGCUUUUCAUCAGACUUGUUCCGGACAAGGUCAAUAAAACUCUCUCCAUCAUCGACAGCGGAGUCGGUAUGACUAAAGCAGAUCUGGUGAAUAACUUGGGAACCAUUGCAAGGUCGGGGACGAAAGAGUUCAUGGAGGCGUUGCAGGCCGGCGCUGACGUGAGCAUGAUUGGUCAAUUCGGAGUCGGGUUCUAUUCGGCUUACCUUGUGGCCGAAAAGGUGAUUGUGACCACGAAACACAAUGACGAUGAGCAAUACGUAUGGGAAUCGCAGGCCGGUGGUUCUUUCACCGUCACAAGGGAUGUUAACGGCGAGCAACUCGGGAGGGGUACCGAGAUCACGCUAUUUCUUAAGGAGGACCAGUUGGAGUAUUUGGAAGAGAGGAGAAUUAAGGACCUCGUGAAGAAGCACUCUGAGUUCAUUAGCUAUCCCAUUUAUCUCUGGACCGAGAAAACUACCGAGAAGGAGAUCAGCGACGAUGAGGAUGAUGAACCCAAGAAGGAGGAAGAAGGCAACGUUGAGGAGAUAGACGAGGAAAAGGAGGCCGAGUCCAAGAAGAAGAAGAAGAUCAAGGAGGUUUCUCACGAAUGGCAACUCAUUAACAAGCAGAAACCAAUCUGGCUGCGCAAGCCUGAAGAAAUUACAAAAGAUGAGUAUGCAUCAUUCUACAAAAGUUUGACAAACGAUUGGGAGGAUCACCUCGCCGUGAAGCACUUCUCUGUGGAGGGGCAGCUCGAGUUCAAGGCAAUUCUCUUUGUUCCGAAGAGGGCUCCAUUUGAUCUUUUUGACAGCCGCAAGAAGAUGAAUAACAUCAAGCUCUAUGUCAGAAGAGUGUUCAUCAUGGACAACUGCGAGGAGCUGAUUCCGGAGUACCUGGGUUUCGUGAAAGGUGUGGUGGAUUCCGAUGAUUUGCCACUCAACAUCUCACGUGAGAUGCUGCAGCAGAACAAGAUUCUGAAGGUGAUAAGGAAGAACUUGGUCAAAAAGUGCAUUGAGAUGUUCAAUGAGAUCGCAGAGAACAAAGAGGACUACAACAAAUUCUACGAAUCUUUCUCUAAGAACUUGAAAUUGGGUAUCCACGAAGACAGCCAGAACAGAGCCAAAUUGGCAGACUUGCUGCGAUACCACUCCACAAAGAGCGGAGACGAAAUGACGAGCUUGAAAGAUUACGUCACCAGGAUGAAGGAAGGUCAGAAGGACAUUUACUACAUCACUGGUGAGAGCAAAAAGGCAGUGGAGAAUUCCCCCUUCUUAGAACGCCUGAAGAAGAAAGGCUACGAGGUGCUUUUCAUGGUGGACGCCAUUGAUGAGUACGCCAUUGGGCAACUGAAAGAGUACGAGGGCAAGAAGCUGGUCUCUGCCACCAAGGAAGGGCUGAAACUUGAUGACGAGACAGAGGAAGAGAAGAAGAAAAAGGAGGAAAAGAAGAAGUCAUUUGAGAGUCUAUGCAAGACCAUCAAGGACAUUCUGGGGGACAAAGUAGAGAAGGUCAUCGUCUCCGACAGAAUUGUGGACUCCCCUUGCUGUUUGGUCACCGGAGAAUACGGCUGGACGGCGAACAUGGAGAGAAUCAUGAAGGCCCAAGCUCUGAGAGACAACAGCAUGGGGGCUUACAUGUCGAGCAAGAAGACAAUGGAGAUCAACCCAGAUAAUGGAAUCAUGGAGGAGCUGAGAAAAAGAGCCGAGGCAGAUAAAAAUGACAAAUCUGUCAAGGAUUUGGUCAUGCUUCUCUUCGAAACUGCUCUGUUGACUUCUGGUUUCAGCCUCGAUGAUCCCAAUACGUUCGCAUCUCGAAUCCACAGAAUGCUGAAGCUUGGUCUGAGCAUCGACGAGGAGGAGGAAGAUGGAGGAGAUGAUGCGGACAUGCCUGCUUUGGAGGAAGUCGGCGCUGAAGAGAGCAAAAUGGAAGAAGUCGACUAAACUCUGCUUCUCUUCUUAAUCUUCAGCUUCCAAUUUGUGUAACGACGGUUCAUUGUGUUGAUAUUGAGACGUCUGUGGAAGUGUGUGUCUGUGUCGAGUCAUUGAUUGAUUAGCGUCAAUGUCGGUUUUGGUUCCUCUUCCUGUUCUACAUUCUCUUUUGUAUUCAAUGAACAAAUGCGAGUGUGAUACUUCAAUGUAUAAACGGGUGCUCUCCUUUUGUUGGUCAUCUUCUGUAUCCAUCUUCUUCCUUGUGUU